CCUGGGAAUAACGAGACCUCUUACGUACCCUGUAAGGCAGAAUGGGAAGUGUAUGGCAAAAAUGAUCCUAUGUGUAUGGCUCUUAUCUGCCUCUAUCACUAUACCCCCACUCUUCGGCUGGGCCCAAAAUGUAAAUGAUGAAAAGGUUUGUUUGAUCAGUCAAGACUUCGGCUACACCAUUUACUCCACAGCAGUUGCUUUUUAUAUUCCAAUGUCAGUGAUGCUUUUCAUGUACUAUCAGAUUUACAAAGCUGCCAAGAGGAGUGCUGCUAAACACAAGUUUGCUGGUUUUCCCCGGCUGGAAGAAAUGGAAGGGAUUUCUAUGAAUGGAGUUGUAAAAUUGCACAAGGAAUCUGAAGAAUGUACUAAUUUUUCACGUCUCCUAAAGCAUGAGAAGAAAAACAUUUCAAUCUUUAAAAGAGAACAGAAAGCUGCCACUACACUUGGUAUUAUUGUUGGGGCUUUCACUGUCUGCUGGCUGCCCUUCUUCCUCCUCUCAACUGCCAGGCCCUUCAUCUGUGGUACAGCAUGCAGCUGUAUCCCACUGUGGGUUGAGAGAACAUUUCUAUGGUUGGGUUAUGCAAACUCUCUCAUUAACCCUUUUAUAUAUGCCUUCUUCAAUCGGGACCUGAGGACAACUUAUCGCAACCUCCUGCAAUGCAGAUAUAGGAAUAUCAACCGGAAACUAUCAGCUGCAGGGAUGCAUGAGGCUCUGAAGCUUGCAGAAAAGCCAGAAUUUGUUCUGUAAGGUCACUCUCAUCCUUUACUGUGAUAAUUUAUUGUUUUAUCACAUUAGCUUUGUCCCCACAGAUUUGAAAGAAGAGCUAUGGGAAGAACCAGGCUUUUUGAGCAC